CCCCCCCCGCGCUGCGUGUGCUACGGCCUGGGCAGCAUCGCAGCGUGUGCGGCCGCGCGGCCCCAGCUGGCCCUGCUGCUGCUGCUGCUGGACGAGCUGCAGGUCCCCCGCGAGCACUGCCGCAUCUUUGACCCCGUCUUCUCCGCACUGGACGUAGCUGUGUUGGCUGAGCUGGGCCUGGUGGUCGUCUCCGAGAAUGAGGAGGGGAAACACCCUGUGGGCGAUGGCACCACCCUCUUCUACAUGAUCCACUGUGGGAAGGCUUUGUAUAACAAUCUGCUGUGGAGCAACUGGUCGGUGGCAGCACUGUCCAAAAUCAUCAUCAUUGGGAACAGCUUCCAGGGAAUUGAAGAGAGGUUACUGUCAAGAGUAUUAGAGAGAGAUUAUUCCUACAUAGCAAAGGUUUUAAAAGGAACAGAAGAAAUUCCACUUUGCACUCACCCUCAGUAUGCAGAUGUAUUCAAUGACACUUCUGUUCACUGGUUCCCUUUACCCAAACUCAAGAUGCUCCCGAGCGACACUUGGCUGUUCCAGGAAGAGCCAACAUACCAGGAGUGCGAGGACCUCGAGAUCAUCCAGAAGCAGGACAAAGGGAGCAUUUUAAGGUCAAACCAGAAUGAAGUGGAGUCUUAACAGCUCCGUGGCUUGGUGCCCUGUUUUACAGGGCUACAUUCAUCUUCGCUUAUAUUAACUUAUGUUACCUUGAUACCUGACACUGUGGCUCUCAGCUGUUGGCUGGCUUGACAUGGUCAGCUAGAAACCCUGAAGGCAGCAGUGCCUGCAAACAGGGGUAAAUGGGACACACUUUUCUUUAAUAGUGUGAAAAUGACACCUUGGCUGAUGCUAUAUGUAAUGACAGUAAACUCAGUUUUGUACUAAA